CAAGUGCCAAGUGGCAUGUAUCGUACAGCGGGCUGCACUCCACCCCAGCCGCACCGCAACCGCACAUCGACCCAGCGUUACGACUCAAGGGGUGGUUCAAGUCCUCCCGAAACCCUCCUAGCCACGAGACCCAAGAACAAGACGGAGACGACACCCUGAGGAGUGGGCAGUGUGGAAGGGAGAAAGAGAGAGGUGCAGCGAAGCGAGAAACUACUCCAAAAAUUGUUCGUUGGUGCAACGGUAGUCGCGUCUGACUUUUCGCUAAUUAAGAGGCCAAAAAACAAACACAACCCGGCAAAAAGCGUCUAAGAAGUUGAAAAAAACAAAAUUAAAAUUGAGAACGGACUGCUCCAGUGGCUGUCCCUGUGCGUCUGUAUGUGAAUGUGUGUUGGCCGGGCCAAAAUCGUGGUCGAGACUAUAAAGCCAAAUGAUUCGACAGAGCCAGCAACAGUCGCCGUUCAAGCGUUCCCCGCGCUCCAUCUGCCAAUCGACUCCAUUACUUUUGGUGAUCUUUUUUUCUUGUGCUUUUUUUUGGUGUGUGUGAUUCGAGCGCUUGCAGUAUGUGGCGCUUUUUGCUGACGGUUGCCAGCCUCCUCCUGACCGUCCCUGCUGCCACCCUAGCCGGACGCCUCAGCCAGGGGUAUUUGCCCAGUCCCCAGCCCCAGGCCUCGCAGCUCCACUACCACGGCGUAAGUGGACAGGGACACGCACGCCCUGCAGCCGGACAUGGUGCCGGUGUCGGUGGUUCGCUCGCCUCGGGCUAUCAGCGCCAGCAGCAGCCACAGAUUCCCAUCGUGAGGAGCGACUACCAGAGCGAUGCCAAUGGCAACUACAAUUUUGGCUUCGAAACGGGAAAUGGCAUCCACCGCGAUGAGACCGGAGAGUUCCGCGGCGGAUGGCCCCAUGGCUCGCUGGGAGUGCGCGGCUCCUAUUCCUACACGGGUGACGAUGGCAAACAAUAUACGGUGAACUACAAGGCUGACAAGAACGGAUUCCAUGCCGAGGGCGCCCAUCUGCCAACAUCUCCAUCAGUGCCCGCAGCUCACGCUCCCGUCGGUGGCCCAGCAGGACGGGCAUCCGGAGCCUCCUACAGGGGAUCGGCCUCGUCGCAUGUCCAGGCACCGAACACAAGAUAUCUGCCGCCCGGCUAUCGUCAGCGAAGACACUACUAAGGGCACUGGGAUCCUGCCUUUGCCAACACAUGAUCCUUGAUCAGAGAUCCGAUCCGAACCGAUCCUUUUUUUCCCUGUAUAUUCC